CGGGCAAGAAAGGAAAGGCCGGGCCGUCAGGUCCCUGAGCAACCGUUCUCCUUGGAUUUGGGGGAGCCUCGCCCCCACCCCACCUCAUCUUCAGACGCCCCCUCCUCAUCCACCCGCCCCCCUCCAAGCCCUGGCCGCUGACGGGAGGAGGCGGCGGCGGCGGCGGGGGGCUGAGGGGAGCCGCCAUGCCUCUCCCGCGGUGAAGCGCCCCGGCCGUAAGGAGCCGCUCGGUCUCCCCGGUGAUGUGCCCCAGGCGGCAGGCGAAAGCGACUCACUCGAGCCCUGGGCAGCGAUGGCAGAGGAACAACAACAGCCGCCACCACAGCAGCCUGAUGCCCAUCAGCAGCUUCCCCCCAGCGCCCCCAACUCGGGGGCGGCUCUGCCAGCCCUUGUGCCCGGGCUGCCAGGGACAGAGGCCAGCGCACUGCAACACAGGAUCAAGAACUCCAUCUGCAAAACUAUACAAUCUAAGGUGGACUGCAUUUUGCAAGAAGUUGAGAAGUUUACAGACCUAGAGAAACUCUACCUCUACCUUCAGCUGCCUUCUGGUCUCAGCAAUGGAGAGAAAAGUGAUCAGAAUGCCAUGUCAUCUAGUCGGGCACAGCAGAUGCAUGCCUUCUCCUGGAUUCGAAAUACCCUAGAGGAGCAUCCUGAGACUUCACUGCCCAAACAGGAAGUCUAUGAUGAGUACAAGAGCUAUUGUGACAAUCUUGGUUACCAUCCAUUAAGCGCUGCUGACUUCGGGAAGAUUAUGAAAAAUGUCUUUCCAAACAUGAAGGCACGUCGUCUGGGCACAAGAGGCAAAUCUAAAUAUUGCUACAGUGGACUAAGAAAAAAAGCUUUUGUUCAUAUGCCAACACUGCCCAAUCUUGAUUUUCACAAAACUGGAGAUGGGUUGGAAGGCGCUGAACCUUCUGGGCAGCUUCAGAACAUUGAUGAAGAAGUUAUCUCUUCUGCCUGCCGUCUUGUGUGUGAGUGGGCCCAGAAGGUGUUAAGCCAGCCAUUUGACACAGUCUUGGAAUUAGCCCGCUUCCUUGUAAAAAGUCACUAUAUAGGCACCAAGUCGAUGGCAGCGCUUACUGUAAUGGCAGCAGCACCACCAGGAAUUAAAGGAAUUACCCAGCCUUCUGCUUUUAUACCUACAGCUGAAAGUAAUUCCUUUCAGCCUCAAGUGAAGACUCUGCCAUCUCCUAUUGAUGCUAAACAGCAAUUGCAACGGAAAAUCCAGAAGAAGCAGCAAGAACAGAAACUACAAUCCCCUUUGCCAGGAGAAUCCUCAGCAAAAAAAUCAGAAGGCGCAGCAAGCAAUGGAGUGACUAAUCUCUCUAAUGGAAACCCUGCAAUCCUCUCUCCUCAACCUAUCGGUAUCGUCGUGGCAGCUGUCCCUAGUCCCAUUCCGGUCCAACGGACCAGGCAAUUGGUAACUUCACCAAGUCCAAUGAGUUCUUCUGAUGGCAAAGUUCUUCCCCUCAAUGUACAGGUGGUCACUCAGCACAUGCAGUCUGUGAAACAGACACCAAAGACUCCUCAGAACGUCCCAGCCAGUCCCGGCGGGGAUCGUUCUGCCCGGCACCGCUACCCCCAGAUCUUACCCAAGCCAGCCAGCACCAGUGCACUCACCAUCCGCUCUCCGACUACUGUCCUCUUCACUAGUAGUCCCAUCAAAACCGCCGUUGUGCCCACCUCACACAUGAGUUCUCUAAAUGUGGUGAAAAUGACAGCGAUAUCCCUCACACCCAGCAGCAGCAGUACCCCUCUGAAACAUUCUGCCUCAGCUAACAGUGCUACAGGAACAACAGAAGAAGCGCGGACCAUCCCACAGAUCAAGAAUGGUUCUGUUGUUUCACUUCAGUCUCCCGGAUCCAAGACCAGCAGCACCGGGGGACCCUCUGCCGUGGAAGUCAAAAUGGAGCCUGAGACAUCAUCGGAUGAGCCUCCGAUACAGUGCCAAGAGAACUCUGAUGGGCCCGACAUGCCCAAAACAACACCCGGUGCCCUCUCGGGACAGAAGAGUAAUAUAGAUGGAGUAGUACAGAAACCUUCCAGUGACGGUGUCGUUGAAAUAAAAGCAACUAAGGUCUGUGACCAGAGGACCAAAUGUAAAAAUCGCUGUAAUGAAAUUCUGCCGGGCACUUCAGCAGGCAAUAAUCAGAGCACUGUCACUCUCUCAGUUGCCACUCAGAACUUCACUUUCACCAGCACCAGCUCACCAUCUAAUGGUGACUCAAUAAAUAAAGACCCUAAAUUGUGCACUAAAAGUCCAAGAAAGCGGCUCUCUUCUGCACUGCAAGAGUCCCAGGUGCCUCCUAUAAAGAAACCAAUUGUGGAACAGCUGUCUGCAGUUAUCCCAGAAGGUCAGAAACCAGGCAGUGUUAAGAAGGACCCAAAGGUUCCACAUUCAGGGAAAACAGAGAGCUCGGCAGCAGGUGCUCAGAUUUCCAGCAAGGUCUCAACACAUGUCAACUCACACAUAGUGGCAAGUCAGCCCUUGGAUUCCUCUGCUCUUGUUACCAGCGAUUCAGCUUUAGAACAGCAAACCACACCAUCAUCAUCUCCAGAUAUCAAAGUAAAGCUGGAAGGCAGUGUCUUUCUCUUGGACAAUGAUUCAAAAUCAGAUGGCAGCUUUAAUCCAAAUGAGUGGCAACAGGUCACUAAGGAUUCUGAGUUUAUAUCUGCUGGCUGUGAACAACAGCAAGAUAUCAGUGUUAUGACAAUUCCCGAGCACGCAGAUAUCAAUGACUUAGAGAAGUCUGUUUGGGAAUUAGAAGGAAUGCCACAGGACACAUAUUCCCAGCAGCUGCAUGGCCAGAUCCAAGAAUCUUCUUUGAAUCAAAUACAAGCACAGUCUUCAGAUCAGUUACCUCUACAGUCCGAACUGAAGGAAUUUGAGCCUUCUGUUUCCCAAACAAAUGAAAGCUACUUUCCUUUUGACGAUGAGCUUACACAAGAUAGUAUUGUGGAAGAGCUGGUGCUCAUGGAGCAGCAGAUGUCAAUGAACAACUCUCAUUCUUACGGUAACUGUUUGGGAAUCACCCUGCAGAGUCAGUCUGUGACUCCAGGAGCUCCAAUGUCAUCUCACACCUCCAGCACCCACUUCUAUCACCCAAUUCAUAGCAAUGGCACUCCAAUCCACACCCCCACCCCCACACCCACGCCCACUCCCACCCCCACCCCCACCCCGACCCCCACAUCUGAAAUGAUUGCUGGGUCGCAGGGUCUGUCACGGGAGAGCCCUUGCUCCAGGCUGGCCCAGACGACACCUGUGGAUAGUGCUUUGGGAAGUAGCCGACAUACACCCAUCGGUACGCCACACUCUAACUGCAGCAGUAGUGUCCCUCCCAGCCCCGUGGAAUGCAGGAAUCCUUUUGCAUUUACCCCAAUAAGCUCCAGUAUGGCAUAUCAUGAUGCCAGCAUUGUCUCAAGUAGUCCUGUGAAACCAAUGCAAAGACCCAUGGCCACACACCCUGACAAAACCAAGCUUGAAUGGAUGAAUAAUGGGUAUAGUGGGGUUGGUAAUUCAUCUGUUUCUGGCCAUGGCAUUCUCCCAAGCUAUCAGGAACUAGUGGAAGACCGUUUCAGGAAACCUCACGCUUUCGCUGUGCCUGGGCAGUCUUAUCAGUCUCAAUCCAGACAUCAUGACAGUCAUUUUGGUCGUUUAACUCCUGUCUCUCCUGUGCAGCAUCAAGGUGCCACUGUAAAUAACACCAAUAAACAGGAGGGUUUUGCGGUCCCUGCCCCUCUUGAUAAUAAAGGAACUAAUUCAUCUGCCAGCAGCAACUUCAGGUGCCGGAGUGUGAGCCCUGCUGUUCAUCGCCAGCGUAAUCUUAGUGGAAGCACCCUCUACCCAGUAUCUAAUAUCCCCCGAUCCAGUGUGACCCCCUUUGGAAGUACAGUAACCCCCGAAGUUCAUGUUUUCACAAAUGUCCACACAGAUGCAUGUGCCAACAACAUAGCUCAAAGAAGUCAAUCAGUUCCAUUGACAGUCAUGAUGCAAACAGCCUUCCCAAACGCUCUUCAAAAGCAAACGAACAGUAAGAAAAUAACCAAUGUUUUGUUGAGUAAACUUGAUUCUGACAAUGAUGAUGCUGUGAGAGGUUUGGGCAUGAACAAUCUGCCCUCCAAUUACACCGCCCGGAUGAAUCUCACUCAGAUUUUGGAAACGUCCACUGUCUUUCCGAGUGCCAAUCCGCAGAAUAUGAUUGAUUCCAGCACUUCUAUUUAUGAAUUCCAAGCACCAUCUUACCUCACCAAAAGUAAUAGCACCGAUCAGAUCAGUUUUUCUCCUGGGGAUAAUCAAGCACAAUCAGAAAUUGGAGAGCAACAGUUAGAUUUCAGCAGCACUGUUAAAGACCUGUUGAGUGGAGACAGCUUGCAGACCAGCCAGCAGCUAGUAGGUCAGGUAGCAUCUGACCUCACUAAUCCUGCGUCUGACUUCUCUAGCGACAUCAGGUUGUCUUCUGAGCUCUCAGGCAGCAUCAACGAUUUGAACACUCUAGACCCAAAUCUACUGUUUGAUCCAGGUCGUCAGCAGGGACAAGAUGAUGAACCUACACUGGAAGAAUUAAAGAAUGACCCCUUGUUUCAACAAAUUUGCAGUGACUCCAUGAGCUCUAUGACUUCAUCAGGUUUUGAAUGGAUAGAAAGCAAGGACCAUCCUACUGUUGAAAUGUUGGGUUAAAUUGUGUUUUAUAAUA